CCGCCCCCAGUUCGCACUUAGCGGACUGCGAGCCGGGGAGGCCUGAGCGAGGGCGCGGCCUGCACUUCCUGGAUCGUCUGCAAACCCAGGCUCCACUCAGCCUGCGCCGCGCCACGAUGUCCGCCGGGUCAGCCAAGAGCCUGGACAAGGGGAGCGCGCCCCCGGGGCCGGUCCCCCAGGGCCUGAUCCGCGUCUACAGCAUGAGGUUCUGCCCGUUCGCCCAGAGGACGCUCCUCGUCCUGAAGGCAAAGGGGAUCAGGCACGAAGUCAUCAACAUCAACCUGAAAAAUAAGCCCGAGUGGUUCUUCAAGAAGAACCCUGCUGGUCUGGUGCCAGUUCUGGAAAACACCCAGGGCCAACUGAUCUGCGAAUCUGCCAUCACUUGUGAGUACCUGGAUGAAGCAUAUCCAGAGAAGAGGCUGCUGCCAGCUGACCCCUAUGAGAAAGCGUGCCAAAAGAUGGUCUUUGAGUUAUUUUCUAAGGUGCCACUUUUGGUUGGAAGGUUUACAAGAAGCAAAACUAAGGAAGACCGCUCUGGCCUGAAAGAAGAAUUUCGCCAAGAAUUCAGCAAGCUUGAGGAGGUCCUGACCAAUAAGAAGACAACCUUCUUUGGUGGCAAUUCAAUUUCUAUGAUUGAUUACCUCAUCUGGCCUUGGUUUGAACGGUUGGAAGCACUGGAGUUAAAUGAGUGUAUAGACCACACUCCGAAACUUAAGCUCUGGGUGGCAGCCAUGCGGAAAGAUCCCACAGUGUCAGCCCUCAUCACUGAUGGGAAGACCUUUCAAGGUUUCUUAAAUCUCUACUUGCAGAACAGCGUGGAGGCCUGUGACUACGGGCUCUGAUGGGUGCAGGAGUCAACAAUGAAAAUAUAUCUGAUGCUUUCCUUCACGAAUGGGAAUAAAAACAUGCUUUUAUCUUAA